AUUUAGGAGGAUAGGAGACCUUUGCGACCUGCAGAAAUCAAUAGAGCAGAGUGAAGCAGCACUAGCUGCUGCGCCUCGGGAUUCCCCCUAUCUAGCGCAUGUACAGAGUAAUCCGGGAACAGGGUUCACAAGAAGGUUUGAGCGGAUAGGAGAAAUUCGGGACCUCGAAAAUGCCAUUGAGUACAGCCGAGAUGCACUAGCUUCGACCCCUCCGGAUCACCCCCACCGAACAGGGAUGCAUAACUACCUAGGAGCCAGUCUCGCUACGAGGUUUCAGCGUAUAUGGGAGCUCGACGAUCUUCAAAAUGCCAUUAAACAUUGCUAGCACGCUCUAGCUGCCACACCUCAUGAUCACCCUGGUCGAGUCAGCAGACAGACUAACCUGGGGGCCUAUUUAUCCCUCAAAUUUGAGCGUAUGGGGGACCUUGAUGACCUGGAAAACUCCAUUAAUCAUGGAGAAAAUGCACUGGUUGCCACAUCUCAAGAUGACCCCCAACGAGCACUCCUAUAUAGCAACCUUGCAUCAAGACUCUGUAUGAAGUUCGAACGGACUGGAGACCUUGUCAGCCUUCAGAAAUCCAUCAAAUACUCUGAGGAGGCGCUAAAUACUACACCUCAUGCUCACCCCGGUUGAGCAGUGAGAAAAAGUAGUUUAGGGGGCAUGUUGGCCAGAAGGUUUAGGCGGACAGGAGAUAUAGAUGGCUUUCACAUAGCCAUCAAGCACAGCGAACAGGCUCUGGCUACUACACCUCAGGAUCACCCCGGACGACCGACAGUGUUUAAUAAUCUGGUAGUAGAGUUCUUCCAGAAGUUUCAGGAGUUGGGAGAUCUUGAGGAUCUCCAGAAAGCUAUUACGCACGGAGAUCAGGCUCGAGCUGCUACCCCUCAAGACCACCCCAGGCAAGCAUCCUCGUGCCUCCACAUGGGUCAAUGCUUAGAAUUAAGAUCCAAGAUUCUAAACUGCAGUGAGGACAUAAACGAAAGCCUUCCACUGUACCAGGAGGCUUGUGAUUGUCACACAUCACCUCCCAGGGAUCGGAUCAGCGCAAGCCGCAGAGCAGCUUCCAUACUAUUUUCAACCGGCCAGUUUCAUGAAUCGAGUACAUUGCUCGAGCGAGCGGUCGGCUUGAUGCCAAGUGUAAAUCUACGAUUAUUAAACCGAGACGAUCAGCAGCAUAUACUCUCGGACCUUGAGGGGCUCUCGUCAUCGGCUGCGUCUAUGGCUCUUUGUGCUGGCAGGGAAGCCUACCACAGCCUUCAGCUUCUAGAGCUCGGUCAAGGAAUAAUUAUGGGAUUUACAAUCGACUCAAGAUCCGAAUUUUCGGAACUUGAAAUGGACCAUCCGCUUGAACUCCGCCAAUUCAAUCGCCUCCGUGCUGAGAUAGACUCGCCAAUAGAUGGAAUAAAUGGCGCAAGCUUCGAGCCGCCCGAUCAAGCCCAAAAUCGUGUUGGAUCCAGGCAUUGGGAUGCGGUAAAGCAGAUGGAUGUAAUUCUGGAUCGCAUCCGGACGUUCCCCGGAUAUUGCGGGUUCCUGCUCCCACCACCUCCGGAGGAUCUGAUGAAACUAGCAGAAAUUGGCCCCCUUGUUGUCGUCAACUGCACUCCCUAUAGGAGCGACGCCAUAAUCGUAACCACAUCAGGGAUAACUUCCUUAGAACUUCGAAAAUUAAAAUACGAAGAGACAACCCGCUGGAUGACUCAAUUUGGUGGUUUCGGAGCAGGAGGAAGUUAGAUUAAACGACGUCAGGAUAACAGGAAAAUGAAAGACCUCCUAAUUUGGCUAUGGGAUGCCGCCGUUGGACCCGCUUUUGACGACCUUGAGUGCAGUGGGACCAUUAUCUGUAAUGGUGCUUCUGAUACCAAUUUGAACCGGAUUUGGUGGAUUGGAAUAGGGCAACCAAGUAUGGCCCCUUUCCAUGCGGCUGGGGAUCACGCGUUAGGAUCAACCAGUAACACUUUAAGUCGAGCCAUCUCCACCUAUAUACCAACAAUCAAAGCCCUCAGCUAUGCACGCCAAACACAGCCACCCCUAUCCGGCGGAUGU